AUGAGUAGUCAGGAACUGGUCACUUUGAACGUGGGAGGGAAGAUAUUCACCACAAGGUCUUCAACCUUAAAGCAGUUUCCUGCGUCUCGGUUGACACGUAUGUUAGAUGGCAGAGACCAAGAAUUCAAGAUGGUUGGUGGCCAGAUUUUUGUGGACAGAGAUGGUGUUUUAUUCAGUUUCAUCUUAGAUUUUUUGAGAACUCACCAGCUUUUAUUACCCACUGACUUUUCAGACUAUCUCAGGCUUCAGAGGGAGGCUAUAUUCUAUGAACUUGAUCCUCUGGUGGAUCUCUUAAACCAAGAACACCUGCUACAGCCAAGACCCGCUCUUGUGGAGGUACAUUUCCUAAGCCGAAACACUCAAGCUUUUUUCAGGGUGUUUGGCUCUUGCAGCAGAACAAUCGAGAUGUUAACUGGGAGAAUUACAGUGUUUAUAGAGCAACCUUCAGCACCGACCUGGAGUAGUAACUCCUUCCCUCCUCAGAUGACCUUACUUGCACUGCCUCCACAAAGACCUUCUUACCAUGACCUGGUUUUCCAGUGCGGCUCUGACAGCACGACUGAUAACCAAACUGGAAUCAGGUAUGUUUCUAUAAAACCUGAUAACCGAAAACUGGCCAACGGAACUAAUGUCCUCGGCUUACUGAUUGACACUUUAUUAAUGGAAGGCUUCCAUCUGGUCAGCACCAGAACAGUAUCCUCUGAAGACAAAACUGAAUGCUAUAGCUUUGAAAGGAUAAAAAAGCCUGAAGCUCUUGCCAUGAACAAAACACUGAAACCAGAGACUACCCUCAUGCCAGAGCAAUCUCAGAAAAAGAAAUGA